AUGGCUGAGACGAAUAUCAGUGAGACGAAUAUCAGUGAGACAAACAUCAGUGAUGAGAACAUCAGUGAGAGGAACAUCAGUCAACCACACAUUGUAUUUAUUUUAGUCGAUGAUCUUGGUUACAAUGACGUGUCGUGGCACAACGAAGCUGUCUACAUGCCCAAUAUCCAGCGGCUUGCAGAGACCGGCAUCAUCCUGGAUGGUUCGUACACGCAGCCUGUGUGUACACCCACCAGAGCAGCGCUUCUCACAGGGAGGUAUCCUCACACCAUUGGCAGACAGGGCGGAGCUCUAGAGUCGUUGCAGCCUACAGGCUUGGACUUAACUCUGCCGCUGCUGCCGACGACGCUGAGAGAAGCUGGGUACUCCACACACAUGGUGGGCAAAUGGCAUUUGGGCUUCUGCAACGAGUCGUACACUCCAACCCAUCGUGGCUUUGACACUUUCUAUGGCUUCUAUGGCUCAGGCCAAAACUAUUACACUCGCUACACUAAUAAUCAAUACCACUUCAACGGAAAGCAGCAACAAGUUCAAGGCUACGACAGACGGAAACAGAUGGAUGUACAUAGAGGUGCUACCGGCGUGUACUCAACAUUUGAAUUUGCCGAAGAAGCAGCGUCACUCAUCCGCUCCCAUGACCCUCAGAAACCAAUGUUCCUCUUGCUCGCUACGCAAGCUGUUCAUGGUCCCACUCAAGUCCCAGACACCUAUAGUGACAUGUAUCCAAUGGUAGCUGACAAACGACGCAAGAAGUUCUUGGGCAUGGUGUCCGCACUCGAUGAUGCUGUUGCGUACGUCGUUGAUGCUCUCAAAGAUUCUGAACUGUACAAUAACACCAUCAUUGUUUUUACUACAGACAACGGAGGGUCACCGAAGGCCGGCGGGAGCAACUGGCCGCUGCGGGGCUACAAGCACACGCUGUACGAGGGCGGUGUUAGGGGAGCAGCUUUUGUGCACUCCCCAUUGCUGAAGCAGCGUGGCAUAAUCAAUAACAGGCUCUUCCACGUGGUGGACUGGUACCCCACGCUAGCGGGGGUUGCCAACGCGACUACUCCACCAGACCUGGAUGGUGUGGACCAGUGGGGGAGCUUGAACCUACUCGCUCCACCGCCCCGGAAUAAUACCAUCACCAUCACUAAAAUUGAACCAUACAUAAGAGCCAGUGUUCGAUCAGGCAACCUGAAACUUUUGGUGGGUGAGUUGUCGUGCCACAAGUCCGUGCCCUCGUCAGAAGACGUGGACUUACUUCGUCCCUUUCACCACGUCUUGGACUUGACACGGCGGCUCCUAGAGAGCGACGAAGGCGGUGACGUGUGGUCUUCACUGCAGGCGCGGCACCUCGUCUCGUGCGGAGGUUUGACCGACCGCUGUUUAUUUAUCGCGGAACUGGUUGAUGUUGACUUUAACCUGAAAUGA